AUGUUGCCCUCGAGAAUCCCCUUCCCAAGAGAGCUGCUUACCUUCCCACGCACAGACUACUCCUACGCGUGGCGCAAUGAGCCUCGCUUUCGGACGGCCGACGUCACCGAUGUGUUACUGGCGAAGGCGGCAUUCCGCUCUUCGCGCGUCUUUGAGUCCCUCAAGCACGGCACGGGUCGUGGCGAGAUCAAUGCGCGUAUCUUCACGUUUGCUGUCCUUGACAAGGUCAUCCAGUUGAGUGUUGAGCAUUGGCGCAGUUUCGUCGACGUCCUGAUCGAAAUUGCGUAUGGACUGGCUGACGCACACCUUAAGUCCAUCCUGCCACUCAGUCAUGAUGGCGAACGUGGUGCUCCGAGCACUCCGCUUCGCAUUCCCCCUCUUCCAAUGCUGCAACUUCUGCUUCGGGAGUGUAUGGAGUGGUUUUGGUGCAGUUCCGAUAGCGUAGAGAGGAAUCGCGACCCCUAUCCUCGACUCAACCUCAAGGUUCUGCUCGGCCCCCUGUACCGUCGACCCACACGAGUCGCCGACCGAGAGAAAGGCCUCAAGAUGAUCGGGCUAGGCCGAUUUCUCCGGCCCCGAAAGCCGCUCGUGGACUGCAAAUUCUUCGAUGACGACGUACUUGCAUCCGACCCUGUAGUCGAUACACUUGCCAAGCUGCACCUAGCGGAUUGCGGCUCCGUGAUCAUGGACACCCAGCAGCCAGCACAGUACUCGCAGCAGCAGCAAGCCCUGGGCACACAAGCCUUGCAGAGCGGACAGCCGGCGCAGUCGUCGUCGGCGCAGAACCGGGCUGGCCAGGCGCAGAAAGUACCACAGCCGACUGUGCGCCCGGUAAAGCAGACACAGCAGAACCAGCCGACUCAGCAACAGCUGCAGAAGCCGCUGCCGUCCCAGCCAUCCCAAGCUCAAUCGCAGCAGCAGUCCCAGCAACAGUCGAAGGAGCAGGUCCUGCGUGCGGAACAGGCGCAUGUGAACCAACAGCCCUUCUUCCGGCCGCACGAGUCGGCGUCCCACCAGUCUCGCCAGGCGCAGCAGGGCAGUCCUGUCUCUGUGCCCGCGCGCUCGUCCUCGAUCAAGCGGACUGGCAACACCUCGCAGACAACCGCCUCCAAUCACACCAACAGCCAGGGCAAGUCGGGUAACACCCCGAUGAUGUCGUGGCUGACGGCCCUCGGCUUCCUGGCCCUCGGUCUCGCCAUCUUCAUCAAGGACCCGUUGCACCGCCGCACCACGCGCGUGCACUACCCCAAGGAUCACGGAGGUGACAAGGGCCAGACGCCGAUCGGUGACAGUGAACGUCUCAAUGCGUGGAAGCACGUCCCCGUUAAGGAACUCCGCGUCGACGAGAGCUUCUGGAACAAGGAGAAGCCGUUUGACUGGCCCCAUGCCAAGCGCCUGGUCGUUUUGGCCUGCGUUGGACCGACUACCUCUACAAGUGAGCUGGGCAGAGACUCAGGGGCUAAUGUCAGAUCGUUCAUGGAUGACGAUGCGUUGUACCACAAUCUUGCCACUGUGGGGAGCACCGCGGGCGACAUCGAGUCGCAAAUCAAGGCCUUCCAGUCCAUGAGCGCGGUACAGGGCUCGAGCUUCAACUCGGACGACACUCUCUUCGUCAUCGGAAGCGGUGAGGAGGCCGUCAAACCUCUCGACGGUUCCGCCGCCAAGGCGCCCGCCGUCACGGCGCAGGUGAACGACCUGAUGAAGCGUGCCGAGCAGCUGUGGACAGCCGGAGCGCGGUCGUUCCUCUUCGUCGGCCUGCGUGAGGCUGGCGAUGACGGCCGGGCCCGCGAACACUGGAACGCCGAGCUCGGCGACGCCCUGAACAAGUUCAAAAAGGCGCAUCCCGCCGCCAACGUUAUGUUGUUCCGGUACGGCGACUGGUUUGACGCCGUGCGUGCGCACCCCGACCUGGUCGGCAUCACCGAGUGCAAGCGCGAGGUCGAGCCGCACACGGACAGCGCCAGGCUGGGAUACUGCAUCGACACGUUCGGUGACGAGACCUGGCCCCUCGAUCGCCUGCUCAGCCACGCCAUCAACGGAUACCUCGUAAAGCACUCGCGCGCCGCGGGCGGGAAGAAGACCGAGGCCAGUGGUGGUGGCAAGCACGGCAACAAGCACCGGAACCACGAACAUGAGAAGAAGAAGGACCACAAGAAGGGUGACAGCAGGCGGAAGGGAAAGAUGGGCAGCAAGAGCAGCUAA